GAAUAUUUUUGAUGAAGAAUAUAAACAAUUAUAAUAAAAUAAAAGGGAGGAAUUUGUAAAGAUUAACUGAAUAACUUAAAAAAAAAACACUUUCCGAAAUGAAUUCAUGUGAAGAAAACAUAACAGUUGAUCUUGAUCCUGAUGAUGUGAAAAUAAAGAAGGAAUUGAAUGUUUCUAUUGAACGGAAAUGUGGAGAAAUAUAUUUUACUAAUCAUAUGUUUUAUUUAAGUUGUAAUUAUUGUGGAAGUAAAUUUAAUACAAUAAAAUUAUAUGUUCAACAUUUUAUCCACAAUCACUUAAGUCUUAGCGUAGAUCAAACAAUUUUAGUUAUAAGACAAAUUUUAUCUGAUGAUGAAGAUUCUGAAGCUUGGGACGAAAAUAAUGACAAACUUAACUUUGAAUUAGAGGGCGAAACAACACAGGAGGAUUUUAGAAGUGAUGAAUUAGAUACAUCACGGGAAGAUGUUUUAAAAAAUAAUUCGGAAUUCUAUGAAAACAAUGGCGAUGAAAGAAAUACAAAUGAUGUUGAAGAAAAAAAAAAUAAAGCUAGUAAUAAAGUAAAAAAUUCAAAACGUAAAACAGAUGUUAAUCAAAUUAUAGGAUCAGACUUCCCGGACGAUAAUGAAAGAAAAAAGUGGAUUUGUAGUGUGUGCAACACCCCGUUUACUAGGCGGGAUAAUAUGCUUCGACAUAAAUGGAAAAUUCACAAGGAAAAACCGAAUCCUGAUUAUGGAGAAAUUCGUUUAGAUUGUAAAUGGUGUGGACAACAUUUUAAAAGACAUUCAGACAGAUCAAGGCAUGAAAAUCAGCAGCAUGACGCAGAUGGUGCUAAAAUUAAUCGCAGAAGAAACUAUAAAGAGAAUCCUUUAGAAAGACAUGUCUGUGAGACAUGCGGAAAUUCUUAUAAACACGCUUGGAGUCUGCAGGAACAUUUAAGAAUUCAUACAGGGGAAAGACCUUUUGUAUGCGAUUUGUGCAAUGCAACAUUUGCUAAAAGGCAAAACUUUAUAGUACACAUGAAAUAUCAUUCGAACGAACGCCGUUUUAAAUGCCAAUAUUGUGAUAAAGGCUUUGUGCAAAAAACAAAAUUAAUUUUACAUGAAAUGGUACAUACUGGAACAUAUAAAGCCCAAUGCACUAUUUGCGGAAAACAGUUCCGAUGUCGUUCCCGUUUAAAUGUACAUAUGAAAAGGCAUAUAUACGAUAAGUGCCAUAAAUGCGAUCAGUGUGAAAAAAGAUUUUAUACAGCCGAUUCUUUAAAAAGACAUACAGCUAUUCACUCUGAUAAAAAGCCAUUCCGUUGUGAAAUUUGUUUUGCAGAGUAUUUUACAAAAUGUUCCUUACAAAAGCAUACAAAACGAAGACACAAAGCAUCUCAACCACCAGACCUUCCCAUAGCUAAUACGGAAAAUCCUAUGAACUAGCAUAAUAUUUAAGAUACAUAUUUUGAUUUAAAUUUUUAAAAUUAAAAAAAUUUCACUCGGCAGGAUAUCGUUACUUAAACUUAAUUUUUUAUUUAUACAUAGUGCAAUUUCUAUUUUUUUAAUAUUUUUUCUUUAGUACCUAUAAUCUAAGUUUUUAAUCAAUAAAGAAAUUAAAAUUUUCUUUUAAUUUAUGUACAUAAUUAUUUUAAA